GAGGGAAGCGCCUACGACAUACAAGCGCAGAGAACACUUGGGGGCGUGACGUGACGGCCGCGUGCAGGGCGGCAGUAGGCCUGCGGACGGAGGGGGCGGGCUCGGCGUGCGCGGCUCCGCCCACUCGGGGCCGCGCCGGGCGGGAGCGCUGCGCCGGAUCGGCGUGGCGGCGCCUCCUCAGGUAAACGGCGAGUGCCCUGCACGGAGGCCUGAGCGGGAGGACCCAAGGGCCGCCCCCUCGGCCGCGCCGCGCGGGAAGCCGAGUCAGGGGACGCCUCUCAAGGUCGGCGGGCGGGCGUCCGGGGAGUCGUGGGCAUCGCGGGGACCGAGGCCUGCCCCGCCCCCGCCGAGGCGCCCUGCGGAGCCGGCUGCGCUGCGUCACCACCCGGAAGGGAGACCCUGGAGCUCCGCGGCUUGCGUCCCUCUUCGGCGCCUGUGCGCGGUUCCCAGACCCUGGCCUGUGUCCCGCCCCGGGAGCGUCCUGGUCCCUGCGGUGUGCGACCGCCAAGCAGCCUCUCUGGGGAAGCUGAGCUCAAACCCCGAGAAUCCUAAAGCCGGCGCGCGCGGGGCCGCUGCUUCUGCGCUGUCUUUGACGUUUAGGAGGCUGUCCAGAGUCACGAGGAUUACUGGUCAGAGUGCAGAUGUUGGCAGAAUCCAGCUCUUUGUAUCUGUAGGACCAAAGUCCCUGUCUUCUGGCCAGCUAUAAGCUAAGGGCUGCAAACUGAGCCACCCACAUUCCUCAUCUCAAGACCUCCUUCCUCGGUCUUCAGAGGCUGCAGUGGUGCCUUCCAGGAAGAAGGGAAAUGCUGUCUGGCACCACCAUCUUUAAACCAGGCCUCUCCAUCAGCGUUCUGUCUUCCCAGGAGUCCUAGACAUUUUUGAGGGAAGGAAGAGGGAGAUGCCCAGGUGGAGGCAGCGGCCUCACUUACCCUGAAGUUGUGGUGUGAGGAAUGUGGGCCCAGGCCCCUGUGGGCCGCGAGGUGCUCAGGAGGGCCGGGAGCUGGCGAGGACGGCAGUGCAUCUGCCUUCCCUGUAUGGCUCGAGCAGAGCGCAGCAGAGGUUAGAGAAGAAGCUGUCCAUGUUCACACUGGUCCAGAGGAAGCUGAGACCAUAGAAAUGACCGAGUCCUAUGUGAAGAGGCUGUCCUGUGCCCUGUUGGGCGCCAUCACUGACAAGGACCCUGAGGUGCAGGAGCAAGUGUGCAGUGCCCUAUGCUCCCUCGGGGAGGCGCAGCCAGAGGAGACGCUCCAGGCCUGUGAGGAGCACCUGCGGCAGCAGAGCAAGCUGGCACAUCCAUACCGGGCGCUGGUCCUGCGGGCCAUGGAGAUGGUCCUGAGCAGACACACUGGGGAGCUGGACAAGGACACGGCUAACAUCAUCAUCCUCCUGGCCUCCAGCGAGAUGACCAAGACGAAGGAGCUAGUCUGCGGCUGGCAGCAGGCUGCGAGCAGCGUCUUAGUGGCCUUGGGCAGGCAGUUCAUCAAUAGGGUGAUGGAGGAGCUGCUGAGCAAGUUCCAGCCUGGGGUCUUGCCUCACUGCUCUGUCGUGCAGACAUUUGCCAACCUCGCUGUUUCCAACGCGUUCGGCAUGGUUCCCUUCCUGCCAUCCAUCCUGAGCACCAUGCUGCCCAUGCUGGGCAUGGCCAAACAGGACGAGAUGAGGGUGACCUUCUGCUUCGCCCUGCAGAGCUUCAGUGAGAGUGCCCUGGAGUACCUGGCCAACCUGGACCAAGCCCCAGACCCCACAGUCAGGAAGGACACCUUUGCCGCUGACAUCUUCAGUGCCUAUGACAUUCUCUUCAACCACUGGCUGCAGAGUCGGGAAGCCAAGCUCCGGCUCGCUGUGAUUGAAGCUCUGGGGCCCAUGAGCCUCCUGCUGCCCAGUGAGAGGCUGGAGGAGCAACUCCCCAAGCUCCUGCCCGGGGUCCUCGCCCUCUACAAGAAGCAUGCAGAGACCUUCUACGUGUCCAAGCAGAGCCUGGGCCAGAUCCUUGAGGCAGCCGUGAGUGUGGGCAGCCGCACGCUGGAGGGCCAGCUUGAUGCCCUCUUGGCAGCUCUACAUUCUCAGAUCUGUGUGCCUGUGGAGUCCUUGAGCCCCCUGGUGAUGAGCAACCAGAAGGAGGUGCUGCGCUGCUUCACUGUGCUGGCCCGCAAUGCGCCUAGCCGCCUCCUGGCCUUCCUGCUGCCCAGGCUGGACACCAGCAAUGAGAGACUCCGCGUGGGCACCCUGCAGAUUCUGAAGCACACCAUCAACUCAGCUGCUGCUCAGAUGGAAGCUCAGAAGCCUUUCAUUCUCUCUUCCAUGCGGCUCCCUCUCCUGGACCCCAACCCUCAGGUGAAGCGGGCUGUGGUGCAGGUGAUCAGUGCCAUGGCGCACCACGGCUACCUGGAACAGCCCGGAGGUGAGGUGAUGGUCGAGUACUUGGUGCAGCAGUGCGCACUGCCUCCUGAGCAGGAGCCUGAGAAUCUGGGCCCUAACAGCGAGGACAUUGUGGCUGACAGUGUGCGGGCUAUGAGUAUCCGCACACUGUAUCUGGUUAGCACCGCCAUGGAUAGGAUGAGCGAUGUCCUCUGGCCAUACCUGCUUGAAUUCCUCGUCCCCCUGCGCUUCACCAGAGCCCUGACUCCACUCUGCAGGAGCCUCCUGCAUCUGGCACAGAAGAGGCAGGAGGUGGGGGCCGACGCCUUCCUCAUCCAGCAGGGUGCCCACGUGAGGCUCCCUUCUCCCUAUGCUGUAGCGACGAGACUCCUGGUUGUGUCUUCCAGCCCCUACCUGGGGGAUGGGCGUGGGGUAGCCUCGCUGCGUCUCCUGAAUGCCCUGCAUCGUAGCAUUCACCCUUUGCUGGGUCAGCAGUGGGAGACAGCCAUUCCCCUGCUGCUGGGGUACCUGGAUGAAUAUACUGAGGAAACCCUGCCCCAAAAGGAGUGGGAAGAAAAGCUGCUGCUGUUCCUGCGAGACACCCUGGCUGUUGUCUCUGACAACAUGUGGGUCUGCCAGCUGAGCCUAGAGAUGUGCAGGCAACUGCCCUGUUACAAUGGGACGCCCCAGGAGAAGCACUUCCUGUACAAAUGCAUAGGGACCACCCUGGGCAUUGCUUCCAGCAAGGACGUGGUGAGAAAACAUCUUCAAGAGCUGCUGGAAACAGCCCGAUACCAGGAGCAGGCAGACCGUGAGGGCCUCGCAUGUUGCUUUGGGAUCUGUGCCAGCUCCCACCUGGAGGAUGCCCUGGCUCAGCUGGAAGACUUUGUAAGGUCGGCUGUGUUUAGAAAACCCAUCGGCAUUUUCAACAUUUUUAAGGAUCGAAGUGAGAAUGAGGUGGAAAAAGUGAAGAGUGGGCUGAUCUUGUGCUACGGGCACGUGGCGGCACGGGCGCCCCGCGAGGGGAUGCUGGCCAGGGUGGAGUCAGACAUCCUGCCUGGCAUGUUCCGGUGCUUCAGCACCAAGGUUCUGGGAAUAAAGAUAGAGACCAAGGACCCAGCCCUGAAGCUGUGCCUAGUCCGAAGCUCGUGCAUGGUCAGCCACGCCAUCUGUAGUGCCCAGGCCAGCUCCUUCCACUUCUCCAAGAAAGCAGAGCUGGUGGCACAGAUGAUGGAGCUCAUCAGGGCAGAGCCUGCCAAUACCUUGAAGACACCCAUCCGGAAGGAGGCCAUGCUCACCUGUGCUCAUCUAGUCUCUCUGGAGCCAGCACUAGGGGAGCAGGCCCAGGCGGACGUGAUCCAGGGCUGUCUACACAGUGUCAUGGCCCUGGUGCCAGAGCCUCAGGGAGAGCACCAGGGCUGUGAGGAGGUGCUGUAUCUGGACACCAUGCGUGCUCUCAAGGACUUGAUGAUGAGCCUGCUGCAGCGGGAUGUGACCCCCAAGGGCCUACAGGUCAUGGUCGAGCACCUGAGCCCAUGGAUCAAGUCCCCACAGGGCCAUGAGCGAGUGCAAGCCCUGGGCCUGAGUGGCUGCCUACUGCAGUACUUCCGGGAGCACCUGCAUGUCAGCGCCCUGACGCCCUUCCACAACCUGGGCCUCCUUGUCGGCCUCUUCUCUCCACGGUGUGCGGACCCGUGGCCUGCCGCCCGCCAGGAAGCCCUGGGCUGUGUCCAUGCCCUGCUCUCCCUCCAGCUGUGCUACGAGGGCUUCUCUCGAGACUACCGUGACGACUCAGCCGAGCAGCUCCUUGCCCUCAAGGAUGGCCUCGCACACCUGGACCCGGCCAUCCUCUUCCACACCUGCCACAGCGUGGCCCAGGUUAUCGCCAAGCGCCUCCCUCCAGACCAGCUCAUCAGCCUCUUGCUGACCAUGUUUGAGGGCCUGGGAGACCCCGACAAGAACUGCUCCCAGGCCACCUUGGCCAUGGUCAACUGCUUGCUGCAGGCUCGGGGCAGCACACUCCUGGAGAAGGUGCCUGAGCUGGUGAGCGUGCUGCGCUCUAAGUUGCAGGCUGCCCCAGAGCACAUCCUGCCAGCCGCCCAGCAGAGUGUGUACCUCCUGGCAUCUCAGCACUGUGCGGCCGUGGUGUCCAGCCUCCUGGGCAGCCCCCUGCCCUUUGACAGCCAUACCUGCCUGCUGUGGCGGGCUCUAGCCGUGGAGCCCAACCUUGCUACCCAAGUCCUGCGGCUGCUCCUGGAGAGGGUGAGCAGAGACGUCCCAUUCAAGGAGAACCGCACCUUCCUGCUGGGUAGCACCCCUGACCGUGUGGCCACACUGCUGCCCCUUUCGGCCACCUGCGCGCUGCAUGAGAUCAUGUCUGCCCCAGCGUCAGGGCCUGCGGUGCUCGAGCUUUACCCACAGCUGUUUGUGGUGCUCCUGCUGCAUGUCAGCUGCACCCUGGGCGUCCAGUUGCCACGGAACCUGGAGGCCAAGGAAAGGCGGGGUACCAGCCUGGCCACAGCCAUCCGGAGCCUUGAGCCUUGCAGCUGUGCAGUGGAUGCCCUGCAGGCUGUGCUGCUCCGAGGCGGCAGUGAAGGCGUGGUGCAGGGUGUGGAGCUGGAAGGUGGCUGGGAGCUGCUCAGGACCUUAUCCGGGCACGAGGAGGGGACCACCCGGCUGGCCACUGCCAUGGCUAAGUGUGCAGGUCCCCGGCUGCCCCUGGUGACAAAGGCACUCAUCUGCACCCAGAACAGUCCAUAUGAGAUCCAGAGGGUCACCUCCACGGCCUUCCUGGCUGAGCUGCUCAGCAGCAACGUGGUCAAUGACCUCAUGCUUCUGGAAUCGUUGCUAGACAGCCUGGUGGCCCGGCAGAAGGACCCCUGCACCAGUGUCCGGCGCCUGGUGCUCCGAGGUCUAGCCAAUCUGGCUUCAGGAUCCCCUGACAAGGUGCGGGCCCGUGGCCCCCAGCUCCUGACAGCCAUGAUUGGGGGACUAGAUGAUGGGGACGACCCGCACAGCCUGGUGGCCCUGGAAGCCAUGGCAGGCCUUGUGCGGCUGCUGCCACUGGUGGAGCCCCAGGACCUGCGCCCUGUGCUCCUACACAUCACCAUCCGAGUGCGGCCCUUCUUUGACAGUGAGAAGACAGAGGUCCGCACAGCAUCCAUUUGCCUUUUUGGGCACCUGAAUGAGGCAUGCCAUGGUGACUGUGAGGAUGUCUUCCUGGAGCAGGUGGUCAGUGGGCUGGUGCCCCUACUGCUGCACCUGCAGGACCCCCAAGCCCCUGUGGCCAGCGCCUGCAAGUUUGCCCUGUGCAUGAGCAGUGCCAACCUGGAGUGUGAGGAGCUGUCAGGUAUCUUUCAGAGGCAUCUGCAGGAGGGGCGGGGCCUGCACUACGGAGAGUUCCUCAAUGCCACCUGCAAACACCUGAUGCUGCACUUCCCAGACCUGCUAGGGCGCCUGGUAAGGGACAGCCUGUUCUACUUCAAGAGCGGUUGGGAAGAUAUCCGUGCCGCAGCCCCCUUGUUCACAGGGUUCCUGGUGCUGCAUGCAGAGUCCAGACACUGGCCCCAGGUGGACCUGGAGCAGCUCCUUGUGGCUCUCCAGCUGUUGCUGAGAGACCCAGCGCCCCUGGUGCGGGUGAAGGCCGCUGAGGCCCUGGGCCGCCUGGUCAAGUUCGCUUGAAGUUCCAGCCAAUACCCCGUACAAGCAAUACCACUUUCCUGGGGCCUGGUCAGACGGGGCCGCCCAAGGACCUCCUGCCUGGAUGUGGGCCAGGACCAGGCUUGGCACUGCCACAGAUCAAACCUGAGCCUGAGCCCUCAGUAAGAAAGGUGCUGGGGGCCAAGCAGGGAAAUGUUCCGUGUGACCCCACCUGUUUCCCAAUAAAGCCAUCUGUCCUCAGCAAGUGA